AUGGCGUACAUGGAAAACUUUUUGUCCGAUAAUGCCCGGGCGCUACUCACUAUUCCCUAUUUAGCUUCUCACCCCGGCAAAAAUGAGCACGGUGAUUUUUUGAUUGAUUUCGAAAAGCUACCAGAUGCUGUUGUAACGCCCCUCUCACGCUGUCAAUUUUCGGAAGCACUGUCAGAAGUUUCACCCUUGAUCUUAUCAUCUACCGCUUCUUUUGCUACUUUUACAACUGUCGAUUUGGCUAGAAGUCAAUUCCAUCUGUUUGAAUGGCUUUCUGAUCCGGUGGAAUUUUUGGAACUCCACACUCGUCUUUCUCGCGAGAAUGUAGUCGAAAAAGUUUUGCUGCUUCAACGUUUGACCGCUUUGAUUGAAGGUUCACUUAGUGGAUUGCACUGGACUCUCAAUCCUAAAUGUCCUAACACAAUGAAAGAUCUGCUGAUGUCACUCACAUUGGAAAAUAUGUGUGGCAAGAAAUGUUUGCUUCUAUUUCGCCUGUUCUUUGGCCCUGUCAACUCAAUGAAUCUGCGAAAUCUUAUUUGGCAUGGUUUUAUUUCCCCGUCUGUCGCGAGGCAUUGUAAUGCCUCUCUCCUGCCUUUCAUCUUUGUCCUUAUUCUCAGUUUGGGUAAGCGGCUUGCUUGCCAGAAGCUCCCAGAUGAACGGAAACCUUCUCGCAUAUCUUCCCUAUGUUCGUUGUCUGUUGAGCAUUUUCCAUGGUCCUGUGAUUCUGAUCAGCAGUUGUCCAAAGCGACUCAUUCUCACCCGGUUAGUUCGUGUCCGUCUGUGGAAUAUUUUUCCCACUUGGACACCUUGUUUGAUGGCCCUGAACCAAGAUAUUUGGAUGCUCUUUGUCUUUCACUUAUUUGUUUGUCUAUAAUCCUGCGUUGUGAAUUCGCCGCUGCCGUUGGCGCCCCUGAACUCUGUCAGAGUGCAGAACACCGCUUCUUUCUAACCCUGGAUAGUAUUCUGGAAUUCAAAACAGACACAGUGCUAGGACGACCGGUGACACAAGACCAGUUUUCACAGUUCUCUGCUAGAUGUGGUGAUUUACGUGGGUUAGCCGUAUUGUUAGAUGUUUUGUGCUCAGAGAAUGGUCCACGGUUGAAAGAUAGAAUUAGUCACGGGGAAUUUUUCAUUCGACGGUAUCCUGUGAUCCAUCAGACUGCGCUCACCUGGGACGGUAUCGAUGAUCGUUUCAAAUGCAGUGCUAUACUUAUGAGAGCUUGUUUAUUGGCGAUUCUGUCGGCACAGACGUUGACACCACCACUACCUACCUACCACCAACUACCUACAGACUGGCUAUCAUCCUAUCAGCUGGAGUUUCACCCUACUGCGCAAUUUGCUCGCAACUGGUUACACCUCGCAAACCGUCUCAGUGAAUUUCUCGAUCAUCCGGAAAUUCUCUACACUGAGAUCUUUAAUUACGAUCGCUUCGAAUCUUUGACGAAUCAAUGGUUUCCGAACCAGACUUGCGACAUAAAGGGUCCUUCAUUCCCAUAUCUCAUGACGAAUCUCUGGGAACUUGCUGGAUCGUGGUCCUUCUCAUCUUCAGAUCGUCCCUCGGUUUGGUCAUCUAAGCCGGCCGCAUUGCUGGUUCGCUUGAAUCAGUUGUUGAUCCUGUACACGCUCAUUUCUGAUUCACUUUGUGACAUCCUGAUGAAAUUAAAAUUUGCAGGUGCUUCAGAGCUGGUUUCGUCCCGCAAGCAUGCAACUUUUGAAAGAAUGCGUUCGACAUUUCCAGCAAUCCAUAACUUACUCACUUUUGUUCACAAAUUUUCGGCUUGUGCCUGGCACUGUUGGAUUGACGGUUCAUUGAUAGGUUCGAGUCGGAUUGAAGUGCGUCAGCGUUAUUCUGUUGACCUCAAGUCACGUGCCAAGCUGGUCGACUGUUUGCAAAGGACUGGAGAGAAACUGACAAUGUGGAUCGGAAAGUCAAAGUGGGAACUAAUCCUGCCCUUUUUGGAAUCAGUUAAGUAUCCUUCACCGCACACCUCGUCCUUACUAUAG